AAAGCACUUCCUCCUACAGGUCUCUUAAAAAGCCCGACUAAUCACAACAGCCAUCACACACCAUCAGAUCUGCAGAAGAACACAACAGAAACAGCAACACAACAUGAAUCUUCUCCUUCUGGUUAUUGCUUUGGGGCUCGCAGGAGCGUCUCCCCUGGGGGACUACAAGGUGUGCCAGCCUCACUCCAGACCCUGGCAGGUGCGUCUGCAUGGUGGAGGAGUGGCCUGCAGCGGAGCUCUCAUUAAUGAAUGGUGGAUAGUGACCUCCUUUGAAUGUGCACCCAGCAGACCCUACAGCACCAUUGCGUCUCUUGGGGAGCACGACAUUACUUUGGAGGAGGGCACAGAGCAGCACAUCGAUGUUGCCGACGUAAUCAGACACGGCCCGUACCGCUCAUCCCGCUCACCCAUCCACAGCCUCACCAUGGUCCGUCUGGCCUCACCCGCCCGCUUCAACCAGUUCGUCCAGCCCAUCCCUCUGGCCAGUCGCUGUGCACAACCUGGAGAGAACUGCUCCGUCAGCGGUUGGGGAUCCACCAUCCCAAAUCACUAUGAGCCUGAUCAGCGCCUGAAGUGUAUAAAUGUGCCCAUUGUGGAUGACCAGACCUGCAUGAACACAUUCCCUGUGGACCUGUUCUGGAGCCCAUAUAUGAUCUGCGCUGGCCAAGCAAACACAGAUAACUGCCUGGGUGACCGUGGCAGUGUGAUGGUGUGUGAUGGACAGUUGCAGGGUGUGCAGUGGUUCGCGCAUGGCUGCAGUGACCCAGCUCAUCCAAGCAUCCACUCUAAGCUGUGCCUGUACAAUAACUGGAUCAAGAGUGUGAUGGACACCUACAGACCCCCUCUUGAUACAACUCCAGGGGCGAUGACAAUGUGAGGCUGGGGAUUUAUGGAUUUAAUAUUGUAUUCAUAAUUAUGUACUCUGUUUUCAUGAGUGUAUAACCACCUGAAAAUAAAAGUUGUUGUACUUUUGUUACCUGA